AUGUCUGAUGCUAAAAAGACUAUGAAUGAGUUGCAUGUUAUGCUAGUUAGUGUAGAGAAGAAAAUCCCUAAGGACGUUAAGAAAGUGGUUCUUAUGGUUCGGAAAGGGAAGGGGUUCAAGAAGAAGGGGCAAGGGUCAAGUGCCAAGAGAAAGGGAAAGAAAGUUGCCAAGGCUCCUGAAAAGCCCAAGCUUGCAAGUGAAAGUGAAUGCUUUUAUUGCAAGAAGAAAGGGCAUUGGAAGCGCAACUUCGAGAAAUAUCUUGACUACCUUAAGAAGAAUGGAGCAUCAACCUCAGAAGCUGCAAAGAAUUGA